AUGAUGAUGUUACAACAUCUUCCGCCGUCCCACGCGUUCGUGGGCAGCUCGGCCAGCCCUGGCACCGUUUCCCCCUCGCCACCGGCUCCUUCGGAAACACCGACGCCUCCUCCCGUGCCCGUCUCUACAGCAUUGACUCCUGUAUCGCCCGCAGCAGACGCUGAUCCGGCGCAGUCGGAUCGAAUCAUCUUACGCCACCAUCGGCACCAUCGGAAUCAAUCGGAGUCGGAGUGUCCCCGUUCACCGCGAACCUUCUCUGAAUCGGGCGAGCCUCAGGAAGAGUCGCCCCGAUCACCCUCUCCCCGAAACUCGCCGAGACCCGUGGUCGACUACUCUCAGAUUCCCGCGAGAACCAGAUCCCGGUCGCGGUCCCGAUCGCGGUCGGUUUCGGUCGACCGACCCCGGACACCUCCGCAGGAACGGAAGGAAGUCCCGCAGCAGGUGGUGGAGCGCGUCAAUGUCAUCCGCUACCUCAAGGAGGAACGUGCUUGUCCGAUCAUCAGGCGCCGCUCGUCGGUGACCGACACUGCCAUGGAAGUGGACGUUGUGCGCCCGGUCCACUACAAGGAAGAGGAGAAGCUCACCGACCGGCGGGAGUACAUUGAGGCCGAAACCGGCAACGAUGCGGAUGUCGAGGAGGACGAUGAGAAACACCCCAGGGGGUACUAUGCAGCCGUGAGGCGCACGAGUCCCUACCGGGACUAUGUCUCCGAGCGACCGGGUGGAGAUUCCCCGACGCAUCGCCACUAUCAUCCUCACAAUCUGCAUCACCUUCGUCACAGUCCGGCCCGGCAACACCACAAGUCUGGUAGUGGCAGCAGCUACGCCCGAUCGAGUCACGACUCGAGCAGUCCACGGCGCAUGGUCACCGACCACGAGGAUUCGGACUACAGCGAAUCCAGCCAUCAGGCCCCCGGGGAACUCGCAGCUCCCAGGGUGACGGAGGUGAUCCGGAAGACUGUCGUCGCCGGGGAGGAACGAACCGACCGGCUAAGGCUGGCGGACGGGAGGUACAAGGCUGGGCCCUACAAUGAGGAGGAAGACGACGCCGAGGAAGAGGAGGAGGAGGACGAGGAGGAAGAAGAGGAAGAGGAGGACCUGGACGCACCGCUGGAUCUCUCGAUGAAGAUCAAGCGACGUCCCAGGAGCAGCUCCGUGACAGAAGAUUCGGACGACUCGGCCGGUCCGGACUACGCCGAACAUCACAACCGCGGUCCAGAGAGCGCUGCUUAUAAGAAGAGUCUAAUGAAACGAUACCUGGACACCGAGAUACCGAUCCUGCCGCAAUCGCCGAGCCCCCCGCCCCAGCAGCGGUCGUCCCUGUCCGGCCAGUCCCAGCAAGCGUCCAGCCUGCUCGCCAGCACGCUCCAGCCGUCCCAGCAGCACAGGCCCCUGCUCCACGGGCUCCUCAGCGGUACGCACUUACCUCAGGGGCCGUACCAUCGCGGCUACAGCACGUCCAGCACAGGUUCACUACCUCCAAGCCCUGCCGACAGCGGCGUGUCGGAUGUGGACAGCUCCAGCAGCGGCGGCCAACCGGCCUGUAGCGACGAGCUGAAGGCUCGCCUCGGCAUUCCGUCCAGCAGCACAGGACCCGCUAGCAAUCCCGGGCAACCGCAGCAUCCGCACCAACAGCAGCAGCAGCAACAUCAGCAGCAACAGCAGCAGCAGCAGCAGCAGCAGCAACAGCAUCACCAGCAGCAUCACCAGCCCACGUCCCAACAUCAACAGCAGCAGCCGCCGCCGCACCCGCAAAGCCAGCAGCACUCGGUCCACCCGAAUGGCGCACCCGGACCGGCGUCCGUCAACGGUGGCGGUUCGUCGCUUGCGUCCUCGACAGCUCUCUCGCAAGUGGCAGCGGUGGCCGCGGCCGCCGCCGCUACCCAGCAGCACCUCCAGCAGCAGCACGCCCACCUGCAGUCCGGGACGUUCCUGCGGCCGAACUUCUACCAUCACAACUCGCCACUGCAGCGCAACAUCUGGAACCAGCGGAGCGUACCAUUGUCGGACAGCUAUCACUACCUGCAUUCGAUGAACUCGGCCAACGGAUACCCGUCGGCAGCGGCCGCUGCAGCCGCCGCCGCCGCGAACCACUUCGUCUCGGGAGGCGCGACGGGACCGAACGGACCUUCCGGCGGAAACGGUUCCGGCGGCGGAGCGCUCGGUCGUGGGACGGGCGGUGGUGGCUCCGGUUCCGGAGGGCAGCUAGGGGCGAACGGUGCGGGCGGUGGACCGAUGGGAGGCGGUCAGCACGGCCAUCUGGUGGGGUCUCAUCAUGCGGCCGCAGCUGCAGCGGCCGCCGCCGCCGCCGCCGCCCACGGACACCAUGGACACCUGGGGCAGCAGAGCCUCGGGCAUCAUGCGGCCGCCGCCGCCGGCGCGAUCAUGGCGAACGGGCUGGUGAACGGGCUCGGACACCACGGCCAGCACGGACCGCACAGCGUGUCCUCCAGCUGCCCGGACGACCUCUCCUACAUGCUCGAGCUGGGCUACCCGCCGCGCAAGCUGAAGAAGCCGAAGAAGCCGAAGCUGGAGAUGGGCGUGAAGCGGAAGUCGCGCGAGGGCUCCACCACCUACCUGUGGGAGUUCCUGCUGAAGCUGCUGCAGGACCGCGAGUACUGCCCGCGCUUCAUCAAGUGGACCAACCGGGACAAGGGCGUGUUCAAGCUGGUCGACUCGAAGGCGGUGUCGAAGCUGUGGGGCAUGCACAAGAACAAACCGGACAUGAACUACGAGACGAUGGGGCGCGCCCUGCGCUACUACUACCAGCGCGGCAUCCUGGCGAAGGUGGACGGCCAGCGGCUGGUGUACCAGUUCGUCGACGUGCCGAAGGACAUCGUCGAGAUCGACUGCACCGGGGCCUGA